AUGUUGGGAACCGCCCAGAACCAUUCUUCCGCUUCCGCGUCAUGCUCGUCACCAUCACCGCGUACUGCGCACACGCCGCCGUCGUUGACAUCAGAUGGCCGCGACGAGAUGGACUUUUUAGCUGACGACGGCCACCUUGAUGUUGACGCUGGUCAUGACCUCCUCGACGACGACGACGACGAUCCUCUCCACCAGGACUUGGAUGACUCCCCGUCCUUCAAACGCAAGCAAGAGCCAUUCGUGCUGCCCAGACCGUCAAGGCUCCUGUCCGCCCUGGCUGCAUCGCCCUCGUUCUCGCGAGGAAACCAACCGUCGUGCUCGCCUCGGCAGCUUCGCCAACACAAACACACGUACCCUGUCGUUGCGGCGGCCGACUCGGCCCAACGUACGACGCGAUCCAGCAACACUAACGCCGUCUUCAAAGAGGGCUUGCCCAACGACUGGAACGCAGAAGGACCUGGGCGGCGGGUAGGGUACGAGGACAUGACCGCCAUCGACUGGAUCUUUGAGUAUACCAAAGAACGCCAGCGACUUCGCGUCCUGUCCUCGAGCGCGAGCGGUCUUGUUGGCUACCUCAGAUACUUCCUGGACGCUAGCCAGGUGUGGAUCGUGCUCGUCCUGACGGGAAUCCUGGUCGGUCUAGUGGCUGCCGGCAUAGACGUCACUAGCGAUUGGUUGAGCGACCUGAAGCUUGGUUUCUGCUCCAGCGGGCCGGAAGGUGGCCGCUUCUACCUCAGCAAGAGCUUUUGCUGUCUUGGCUAUGAUCAAGGGUUCAAGUGUGCCGGGUGGAAGUACUGGAGCGAGGCUCUCGGAGUUCACGCUGCGGGGGGACGGUGGAUCAUCGAGUACUGUUUUUACCUCUUGUUUUCGGUAUCGCUGGCGUACUUUGCCGCCCUUCUCGUCCAAGAGUACGCCUUGUAUGCCAAGCACAGCGGCAUCCCCGAGAUCAAGACUGUCCUGGGCGGCUUCGUCAUACGAAGGUUUCUGGGUACCUGGACCUUGGUCACCAAAUCCGCGGGCCUGGUUCUUGCUGUAGCAUCCGGCAUGUGGCUCGGAAAGGAGGGCCCGCUGGUGCAUGUCGCUUGCUGCUGCGCCAACCUGUUCAUUAAGCUAUUCGCGAAUAUCGGUGAUAACGAAGCUCGAAAGCGCGAGAUACUCUCAGCAGCCGCAGCCUCUGGCAUCUCGGUAGCAUUUGGCUCGCCCAUUGGCGGCGUAUUGUUUAGUCUUGAGCAACUAUCAUACUACUUCCCAGACAAGACCAUGUGGCAGAGUUUCGUAUGUGCCAUGACGGCCGCUGUAUGUCUGCAGGCCUUUGACCCCUUUCGGUCCGGGAAGCUGGUCUUGUAUCAGACCAAGUACAGCGUGGACUGGCACGGGUUUGAAAUCAUCCCUUAUGCCAUGCUCGGUAUCUUGGGCGGCGUCUACGGCGGACUCUUCAUCCGAGCCAACAUGGCUGUUGCGCGCUGGAAGCAGGCGCAGCCGUGGCUUCCAGGACCCGUCGUCCAAGUUAUCGCGGUUGCGCUCCUGACAGCGCUCGUCAACUACCCCAACUUUUACAUGAAGGUGCAGUCUACCGAGCUCGUGUCGAGCUUGUUCUCGGAAUGCUCCCAGGUCCUCGACGAUCCCAUAGGGCUCUGCCGGACCGGCACGGCGUCGGCCAGAACCAUCAUCCUGCUCAUCUUUGCGGCGGUCCUCGGCUUCUUCCUCGCCAGCAUUACCUUUGGCCUGCAGAUUCCCGCCGGCGUCAUCCUGCCGUCCAUGGCCAUCGGCGCCUUGACCGGCCGCGCCGUCGGCAUCGUCAUGGAGAUCUGGGUCCACAACCACCCCUCGUUCUUCGUCUUCGCCUCAUGCGCGCCCGACGUGCCCUGCAUCACGCCCGGCACCUACGCCAUCAUCGGCGCCUCGGCCGCCCUGGCCGGCGUCACCCGCAUGACCGUCUCCAUCGUCGUCAUCAUGUUCGAGCUCACCGGCGCGCUCACCUACGUCCUGCCCAUCAUGGUGGCCGUCAUGACAUCCAAGUGGGUCGGCGAUGCAUUUUCCCGCCGCGGCAUCUACGAGUCCUGGAUCCAUUUCAACGAAUACCCCUUCCUCGACAACAGCGAAGAGGCGCUCGUCAUCCCCGACGUGUCCGCGUCGCAGAUCAUGACGCGCAUCGAGGACCUGGUCGUUCUCACCGCCACGGGUCACACCAUCGCCUCUCUCAACGCCAUCCUCGUCACGCACGCCUACCGCGGCUUCCCCGUCAUUUCCGAUCCCCGGGAAGCGGUCUUGUUGGGGUACAUUUCCCGGGCCGAGCUCGCCUACAAUAUCCGCACCGCGACGCAGUCCCCGAGGUCCUUGGCCCCGGAAACAGAGGCCUACUUCUCGCACCAGCCCCUGGCGGAUCCCGCCACGACGCUCGAUCUCCGCCCGUGGAUGGACCAGACGCCGCUGACCCUUCCGUCCCGCACGAGCCUCCACCUCGUCGUCUCGUAUUUCCAGAGGCUCGGCCUUCGAUACGUGCUGUUUACCGACCGCGGUGCUCUGCAGGGGAUCCUGACCAAGAAGGACGUGUGGUAUGUCUUGAACGGCGCAGAGGAGACGAGGCGCACCAGCUCUUCCGCUUGGACGGGCGGCGUUGAGCACGCCGGGAUGCGUGGCGCAGCAGAGGGGGGCGGCGAGGACGUGCAGGGGAGUGCGCAUGGAUUGUUGAGAACUGACGAUAAUGAAGAUGCUGCGAGCAUACUAUAA